AUGUUCUGCUGCUGCAAGGAGGCCGGCGGGGAGGAGGAGCUCACAGACACGAAGCUGAGGGAGGCGGCCCUGAUCAAGACGGCGGCCGCCAUGGACGAGGAGUCCAUCCCAGACCAGUUUGUGGUGACUCUGAGCAGCACGCCGGGCAUUUUGCUGGACGUGACUGACCCGGAGUGCACCAUCAUCAAGGAGAUCACGGACGGCGCCGCGGCGGAGUGGAACAAGACGGCGGGGGUGGGCAAGACGGUGCGCCCCUUCGACCGGGUCAUGGAGGUCAACGGGGUCCGCGGCACCAGCGUGCAACUUGCGAAGGCGCUGGGCGGCAGCGACUCUUUGAGCAUCACCCUGCAGCGCCCGGAGGAGCGGGUGGUGAAGUUGGAGCGCCCGGGGGAGAUCGGGGUGGUUUUGAACUACAAAAAGAUGGGCUCCAAGGCGCCCUGGAUCACCAAGAUCAGCGCGGGCCUGCUGACACAGUGGAACGAGAACUACCCGGAGCAGUCGGUGACCAUGCACGACCGCAUCAAAGAGGUGAACGGCACUGGGGGCAGCCCAGAGGAGCUGAUGUCCAUGAUCAAGGAGGCGAAGAAAACCUUGGACCUGCGUGUGUUUCACUAUGCCGUGUGA